AUGGAUAAGGAAAACAUCCCUACCACCCCAAAGCGUGAAGAGUCUGCGCAUUCUUCUCCCCUGAGACCUUUGAAACCUGUCUCUCCCAACAAAGUCCAAAAUGCUUACGUGGGAAAAUUAAGCUUCUUACAGAAUGAUAACAUUGAUGCACAUUUUUCACAUAUACACAGCACACAGGAGGAGCUCCAAGUGACGCUACAGAAAUUAGAAGUCCAGACGGCACAAACGGCUUUGGAUUUGGGUCAAUUAGUGGACAGACUGAAGAAUAACAAUCUGUACUUGAACAAGUUGCUUGAGGGAAUCUCAGCCAAAGAUGAUGAGAACAGCGAUGCUAUUCGUAGAAGUGAUUUGGAAGAGAUAUUGAAUAAGAUAGAGGAAAUUCAAGGUAGCCGGGGUACCCAUGACGACAAUAGCGAAAAAUUUGAAGGACUAGUGGAAGAAAUCCUUAAAGCCUUUCAACAGAGAAACGGAGACUUGAUCGAGAGUGUUGAAGACAGUAAAGUGAAAAUUACUUCCCAGUUCAGCCAGAUGCACAAAGAUAUAGAGAGCACAAUCACGACGUCUUUCCGGAAAGAACAAGAACGCAUGGUAUCGGAGCAGCAAAAGCUCAGCGACUUGACGACCUCGCUCACUAGGCAGUUGGCAGAACAGCAGACAGUAAUUCAAGGUUUAAUUUCCAAGAACCAGGAUGUGGACCAGCUUGAAGGUAAAAUAUCCACAUUACAGGGAAAAUAUGAGCAGUUGUGCGCUGCCUACCUGAGCAAAUUCAACGACUUAAAGUCUUUGAAAGAGGAGUACACGGAACUACAGAGGAUGACCGAAGCCUUCCAGGAUGACAGCCAACUGACACAACAACUGCAAGUGCAUUUGCCUAAAAGAAUAUCUAAGGCAAACAAAUUCAACCAGCUAAAUCAGCUCCACUCUACGAACUUGAGCCACAUACAAGAAUACGGAAAUGGACUUCCCAUGCAAUAUGCUGAUAAGAGAGCCAGCCAAAAGAGAAUCGCCAGUACUCCCAACAAGCUUUUUGUUGACGAAUCCGGGAGCACAAGUGCCACUAUGUCCGAUUAG